UCAAAUCACACUUGGGCAGUAUAACCAUAAAGCCGCGGUCAAUGCGCGAAAAGGAGGCGUCGGCCUGUUGCGUUCCCUACACCGAGUGGCUGUGGAAGAAGCCGGUCCGAUUCUGGUUUAUCCUCUUGCUCCUUAGCACAGUCGAUUUUACGUUUCACGUCCUCCGUUGUUCUUGAUUUCUCCACCCGGUCUCUGAAAACUUUCCAUCUUCUGGUGAAUUCUGGGGACUCACAAGUGUGGAUCGACCGCAAGGCGAGAAAAGUUGCGAUCUUGGUUGCUGGGGGACUCCUUUUCUUCGCCUUUUCUCUUUUCUUUGGCAGUAUCUCCACCCAGAUGUCAUUCUUCUGCUUUUCCUGGAGUUCUCCUUUCCGUGUGGCUUAGAGCGAUCCCAAAAGUGCAGCAGAAUCCUAUCUUCAUUCCGGAUUUGGUGUUCUGGAUUCUGGAGUUUCAUUCCCUAGGGGUAAGGUUGCUCCUUGCUUCGGAUUCCAAUCCUGUAUGAUCUUUUUCCAGUCCGAUGCCGAGUUUAUUGUGAGGUUACCAUCGAGGAAGUUGCUGCUGGUUUUGAUCGAAAGUUUUGAGAGCAAUUUUUGUCGGGAAGUUCCCCUUUUGGUUCGUCAAAUGGGCUUUCGAUGGUUGUGAUCUGACAUGAGGGUUUUAUCCUGCGAUUGCCACUAUACGCUCGUCUGCUGCUCGAGGUCGUCGGUCCGCUGUUACCCGCCUUGCCCUCCGAAGUCGCAAUGGGCAGAUGCCAAAAACGUUGCCCCGACCGAAGCUCCAGUUUCUGUCGUGUUGGAGGAGAAGCCUUCUGAAGAAAAGGUUGUGGUUGAGCAGAACACUGAGGAGGAUGGGAAAGUUGAGAUCUCUCUGAAGAGCAGCCUAAAGAAGCCAAGAGCAUCAGAUUCAGAACAGGUCGAAAAGAGAAACGUUAAAUGGAUGGACUUGUUGGGGAAGGAACUUCUUGAGAUCAGGGAAUUUGAGACAAUUGAAUCUGAAGAAUCAGAGGGUUACGCUGAUGGCAACACAACAUGCAUUUGUGCCAUUCAAUGACAAUCAUUUACUUGUGACGGAGAACAAAUAGUGAUUAUCAAUUAUCCAGCUGCUAUGAACCUCAGCUCGAGGUUAUGGUUCUGCCAUCGAGAAUUUGCAAUGAGAAUUGAUCGAGCCAUCAAGCAUCCAGCUUUCCUUCUCCUUCAGAAUUCCCUUCACAUUUAGAAGAAAUACAUCGAAGUCAAAGUUAUGCAGAUGUAGUUCGGCUCAUCGUCAUCCAGCUCUGGAGUUGCAUGUGUUAGUUGCAGUUCAUUUAUUGGAUAUAGUUGGAAGUAAAUGUUGCAAAUUAAAUCAGAUGCAUUUCAUGUGUUAAAAGGAUUUAGAUGGAAGUGGUUGGUAUUUGUGUUUUUUUCUUGCAUUAAGAUUAUGAUUGCUCUGUUAAUUGCUAUUUUGUCACUGUGGACCCUUUUGAGUUCUGGAUGUAGAAAUUAUCCAUGUCAUCUGAUGAUCUACCUCUUCUCAGCUGAUUGUUAGAAGUAUGUGUACAACUUAAUCAAUUGCUUGCUUGUUGGCACAAGAAAAAUUAGUGAAGAUUCUUUCAA